GUUCCUGGGCCUCACCAUUGCGGUGUUGUUGUUGCUGGCGUUUGUGGAGCGGCCCUCCUCCCUGUCCAUCUCCUCGGACCCCCGGUUCCGCUCCCCCGCCUGGCAGCCCCCCUGCGGCUUCACUGAGAGCUUCGAGAUGCUCUGCCUCCUCAUCUUCUGUCUGGACCUCGCUGUGAAGAGCUACCUGAUUGGCUGGGAGGAAUUCAGAAAGAACAAAUGGCUGAUCGCCUACACAGCAGUCAUUGUGUUCUCCAUCAUCGACUGGGUGCUCUCUGUCAGCAUGGUGUGUGAUGAGAGACUUAGAGUGCGGCGGCUCCUCCGGCCCUUCUUCCUCCUGCAGAACUCUUCCCUGAUGAAAAAGACGCUGAAGUGCAUCAAGAGGACUCUUCCAGAGAUUGCCAGUGUCAUCUUGCUGCUGGCGCUCCACCUCUGCCUCUUCACCAUGAUCGGCAUGCUGCUGUUUGCUAAAAGCGAGGAUCCGAAGCGGAACGGGGAGUGGGAGUUACAUUUCAAGGACUUCUCCAGCUCUCUCACGUCUCUGCUGGUGCUGCUCACCACAGCCAACAACCCUGAUGUGAUGAUCCCUGCCUACUCCCUGAACAGAGGCUACUCCAUUUUCUUUGUGAGCUUCAGCGUAAUUGGAACCUACUGCCUGAUGAACCUACUGACAGCCAUCAUCUAUAACCAGUUCAGGGGCUAUUUACUGAAGCAGUGCUUCGAAGCUUGCUUCAAAUCAUGUGACAUAUGACGUCCGAAGCAGCAACUGCUUCAUCUCCUGAAUGAAUCAACUCACUGGUUCGUCGUCCAAUCAGGUGAUUCAAUGCACUGCCUCGUCUCGAUUCUGACAGGUUAAAACAGUUUCGAAUUUAAGCGCUUCAACGCUUUAUAAACGCUCUAAACAAUGCGCAAUGUGUGGGUUGUUGUCGUAGUUUGCGUUGUUGCUGUUGAGUUGUUGUUGGUAUUGCAUUUGUAUUGGAUCAUUAUAGAGCAAGCCAGGAAGAAAGAUAGGUCGUUCUGGCUCAGGAAACACUUCGAAAUGUGGAGAAGUUGUGAACAAAAAGACAAUUAUGAGAAUUAAAAAAAAAAGUUCAACAGUUUAAAGAAUAGAUAGCCCAGUGGAUAGAACCGGCGGCCCGCAUGAGGCGACGACCUCCACGCAACUGGUUUGAAUAAAUAUAACUGAUAAAAGGCCCUCUCCGGACAGAAAAAUGCCUUUAGAAAAAUACAAAAUAAAAAGAAUAAUGUAGGCUACCUCAAUAAAGAACUUUGAGUGUUCCCCAUCCCCAAUG